AUGGAGCGCUGCUUGGGGUCCAAGCAGCUGCUGCUGCUACUGCUGCUACUGGGGUCCGCGAGCCCGGCGGGAGAGAACCGAUGCGUGGACGCGGCCGAGGCGUGCACGGCGGACGCGCGGUGCCAGCGGCUGCGCACCGAGUAUGUGGCGCAGUGCCUGGGUCGGGCCGCGCCGGGGGCCUGCCCUCGCGCCCGCUGCCGCCGCGCCCUGCGCCGCUUCUUCGCCCGCGCGCCGCCCGCGCUCACCCACGCGCUGCUCUUCUGCCCGUGCUCGGGCCCCGCGUGCGCCGAGCGCCGGCGCCAGACUUUCGUGCCCGCCUGCGCCUUCCGGGGGCCGGGACCAGCGCAGCCCUCUUGCGUCCCCGACGGCUGCCCGCGGGACCAGGGCCCCCGCUGCCUGCGCGCCUACGCGGGCCUCGUGGGCACCGCGGUCACCCCGAACUACGUGGACAACACGAGCGCGCGCGUCGCGCCCUGGUGCGACUGCGGAGCCAGCGGAAACCGGCGUGAGGAGUGUGAAGUCUUCCGGGGGCUCUUUACAAGGAACCACUGCUUGGAUGGUGCCAUACAGGCCUUUGACAACGGGUGGCCCCCAAUCCUGCAGGACCAGCUGGAGCCCCAGCCAGGCCCAGAGCACAGCCUUCUACAGGUGUCUUCCACAGACGGGUCCCCGGACGGGAGCUCCCUGCUCGCCGUCCUCCCCUUCCUGACCUUCCAGGCCUUGCUCUGA